CCUUUUUAUACCACUUUGUCACCCAGGAUUUUUUUUUGUUUUCUUCCCUACUUUUUCAGUGUCGCCGCACAAGUUUUGAUCAUGUCAUUUCUCGACACGGAACCUUCACCGCAUAUGAGUCGUCGAAGCCGUCGAUCGUUGGUAUCCUUGGCAUCGUCGGCACUGCCUCCACCGGUGCACUUUGACAGUCAUCGCAUUCCUGAUGACCAGCUAAAAUCUUUGACCAACAAGGAAGUUCGAAAAUUUUACAUGAAACAAAAUGAUAUGAUCGACCGAUUUUUAGAAGUGGAUCAUGUGGUGGAAUCGUUACGACGCGGCGAAGACCCGUUGCCAGCAUACGGGACAAUCCAUCACGACGAGGAAAAUCAAUAUCUGCCUCCGGGAGCCCACGGAAUGGACGCGAACUUGAAUGAAGCGGCCGAGGAACCUUUGUUGAUGCGAAAGGAUAAAGUGCUGGCGAAACAGGGCGAGAGAAAGACAGCAUUAUGGAUUGUUCAUUUGGCUAUCAAUUUGUCAUUUUUCGCCAACGUCAUGCUGUUUGCAACCAAAGUCGGUUUAGCCUUCUUCUCAGGCUCCAUGGCAAUCCUCGCUUCGGCAUUUGAAAGUUUCUUGGACAUUGUCAGCAACGCCAUCAUCUUUUUUACCAUUCGCAUCAUUCGUCAUAAAGACUACUAUACCUACCCUGUCGGCAAGUCACGUAUGGAACCGUUGGGCAUCAUUGUGUUUGCUGUGAUUAUUACCACUUCGUUUUCUCAAGUCUUGAUUACCUCCGUUGAACGAUUGACGGAUCCCCAACGCACAGGGGAAGAGUUGGAUUUGAGCCCCGUAGCCCUCGGUAUAUUGGGAGCCAACAUUCUCAUCAAAGCCUUGCUGUGGUGGUGGUGCGCCACGGUCCGAGGUAGCUCCAGUGUCGAAGCCUUGGCACAUGACCAUGAAAAUGACGUGGUGUUCAGCAUCGCAAGUACAAUCUUUCCCGUGAUUGGUAUUUGGGCCAACAUGCCUUGGCUCGAUCCUGUUGGUGCCAUCUUGCUAUCCAUUUAUAUCAUUUAUGAGUGGAUGACGAUCUUAUUAGAAAACAUCCGACGAUUAACUGGUCAAGCCGCUAGUGCCAGUGAUUUGCAGCAGCUGACGUAUAUGGCCUAUCGAUUUUCCAACAAGAUCGUUGCUGUGGAUACCGUCCGUGCCUAUCACAUCGGUGAUCGCUUGCUAGUGGAGAUCGACAUUGUGCUGCCUCCUGAUUGUCCACUGCAAGAAGCUCAUGACGUCGGUGAGGCGCUGCAAGAUGCUUUGGAAAUGAUGGAUAAUGUGGAACGUGCUUUUGUUCAUCUGGAUUACAGCUCGGAACACGCCAUCGAGCAUCGUCGCGUCGUCGAUGGAGUUGGUUUUGGCGGUUAAAGGAUGAUUUCUUCACUUUCAUGUUCACUCGAACAUUAUUCCUUUUUGGUUUUUUUUUUCAUGUUACCCUGUGUCCAUACAAAUUACUUCUACUCAUAUAUAUUCAUUUCAUACUCUCAACUAUUCAUUAUGAUUGCAUAAACUUCAACUGUACCAGAAAUCACUCGUCAGCCGUCCUGUUUCUCAAGCGGAAUCACCGCUCAGCCGCCCCAACAUAAUUGAUCAUGCACAUCGUCUCAAAUAUCUUGACAUCAAACCCAUCCUUUACCUUGGAGAAAUCGAUAUAGCUAAAGCAUGACCUUUGAGAGCCGCGAUCAGAUGUCUGUAAAGAAAUUGGUUAAAGAAAAU